GAAUUACAAGUUCAUGACGAUGAGGACGGGUAUAUGAAGCUCUUCCUGGAGACCAUCCAUAUCCUUUAUCCCUUCAUUCCCGAACGUCUACUUUUAAGCAAGUUUGAGCAAUUCCGAACGGGGAGCAACACCGAGGAGCAUCGUCACCUCUGGGCCGCGAUAUUCCGAAUGUCUUCCAUCUAACCCUGUCGUUAGCUUUCACAAUCCGCGGGCAAUCCCAUCUUACCCCGCGUAAGAUUUCAUCUACGCGAUCGGCUCUUUCUACACGACGCUGCCUCAUAUGCGGGGCACUGCUAACAAGAACCAUUCUCGGUACUUUGAAAAAGGAAUUUGCGACAUUGAUAGAAAUGAUACGGGGGACUCCCUUGUCCUCAUUUGGGCCCGGCUUGUGGAAUGCUUUUAUUUUCAGGCUGUGGGUAACUAUAACAGAUGCCUGAGCACUCUUGAAUCUCUUCGAACAUCUGCACAGGUCCUUGGCCUACACGAGGCGCAUACCUACCAUCAUCCCUUCAGUCUACAGGAUGAUGACCGCUCACGUACUUGGUUCUCUUUGUAUAUCUUUUCCAGUCUACUCGCGCUUCAGCUCGGCCGACCGACCCCUAUCAAGCCCGCCCCUCAUCAAGACACGAUGCUUCCGAAGAAUGAUGAUAGUAUCGCAUCCUGUUCUUGCUCUGAUGAAGAAGGUGACGAUGACUCUACAAACGAGGAUGCUAUUAGCCAUAUGGAGUACUUUGUCCGUAUGAUUCGUUUCUGCAAUAUAGCAUCUCGUGUCACCAGCUUCGAGUCGCCCUGAAGCAAAGCGUCCAUGGAACAAUGUUGAUCGUCCUUGAGUCUCUGGAGCACGACUUGAUGGAGUGGGAACACGACAUACCAUGGAAUUUCUGCAUGCGCGGCC